AUAUAAAGGAAACCCUCGCAGCUCCAGAGCCCCGUCCCAGGAAGCCAUUGUAACCGCCGCCCGAUCUGCGCCGAAAUCCAGGUCUCUCCUCUUCCGCUCCCUAGAGGCUUUCAACUUCUACGACAUAGGAGAGAAGAGGAAGGUGGGGAGCUAUGGGAAAUUCUGGAAGUAGAGCUCCUCCACGGCUAGGGAAGACCUAUGUUCCAGAUUUUAAAUGGAAGAUUCAUGACUUCUCGGCGCUGCUUGAGACGAAAGCUACAUCAGCGAUAUCUGUUCCUUUUGACCUCUCUGGCUAUAAGUGGUACCUGCAAGUGAGUCCAAUGCAUAAAAAAAAUAAUGAUGAAACUCCGUAUGUUGCUAUUGCUCUUAUGCUAUGGCCAUAUAAGUUGGAGCAAGGUCACACAGUGCAUGCAGUGUUUGAAGUUUCGAUAUACAACCAUUCAAAUCGAAUGUAUUGUGGAUGCAAAGCUGACUACAACUUUGAUUUCAAGAAUAACUACUCGAACAAGGAAUGCUUGAUUCCUCUUCAGGAGCUACUGAAAUCGUCGUCUUUUCUAGUUGAUGAUAGCUGUGUCUUUGGUGUGGAGAUAUUAAAAAUUGAUGUCUCUUCUCCUGAAAAGAAAGAAGUUGUGGUACAGCACAAGGCUACGACAGUCCAGAACUUCUUUGUCCAGAAGAAAGGAUUUGUGGAAGGGACAUACACUUGGACCGUGAACAACUUUCAUGAAUUGGAAUUGAAGAAUUUUUUCCGUUCUCCCACAUUUGAAGCCGGCGGACAUAAAUGGUAUAUCUGUAUGUAUCCACGAGGUGACAGGUGCAGCACUGAUUGCCUCUCCCUGCACUUAUGCCUGGAUGCCUCAAACGAUGUGCCUCACGAAUCUAAGAACGUCGCUAAGAUGACUCUAUCCAUACAGGACCAAAAGAAUGGGAAACACGUCAACCUAACUACAGGUCUUGUGGUGUUCGAAGGGUCCUGGGGUUGGCCCAACUUCAUUCCACUCAAGAAAUUCAAGGAUCCGUCUGAAGGCUAUCUUGUAGAAUCGAACUGCAUUGUGAAGGCAGAUUUAACCAUCGUUGGGUCAUCCAAUGAUGGCUAGAUCUUUACCUCAUGACCUCAUGGAGAGAUAAUGCCCUUUCUUCCUACUAGCUAGACUUAUAUAUGAGGUAGUUGUACUAAGAAUUUGCAUGACGAUCCUAUGGUAUUAAAGAAGAAACUGAUCAGAGGAAGUUGAGGGAUUUUAUCUAAGUAUAUUGUCAUUAAUAUUAUUUUGGAAGUACUUGGUAUGGGUCAUCAUGUUAUUAGUUGACGAAAAUUAUCUACAUGAUGCAUGGUUUCAUGAUUC